GUUAAAUAGCAGUAAUCUUCCCAAAAAGGAGCUACUGAUUGGAUUAAACAAAGAUGAAGGAACUGCCUUCCUUGUUUAUGGAAUGCCUGGUUUCAACAUCAGCAGUGAAAGUCUCAUUUCCAGGGAUGAAUUCCUGAGAGGUGUCCCACUGUCAAUGACCAGUGAAAGCUCUGUCACAAGAGAAGCUGCCAUUUUUCAUUACACAGAUUGGACUGAUGUGCAUAAUAGGACAAACAACCGUGAUUCACUUGGUAGCCUGGUUGGAGACCAGAUGUUUAACUGCCCUGUGCUGGACUUUGCUCAAAGGUACUCAAAAGGUGGUGGUAAGACCUUCCUGUAUUCAUUUGAUCACCGGUCAUCUCGUAACCCCUGGCCUGAAUGGAUGGGAGUUAUGCAUGCCUACGAGAUAGAAUUUGUCUUUGGAGUACCUCUGAAUACAUCCCUUGGAUACACCAAGUAUGAAGUGAACAUGACCAAGAAGUUUAUGAAACACUGGGCCAACUUUGCUCGAACAGGGAAUCCAGAGAUUGAUGGUGCUACCUGGCCAUUGUUUACCUCAGAACAGCAGGAGUACAUAACUUUGAACUAUCACCAUCCAGUACAAAGAAGGAUGAUGAGAGUCACAGAGUGUCAGCUCUGGAACAAAAUACUGCCUCAAAUACAGAAGAACUCAGAUGAACUGCUGUCUUGCCUUAAUGCAAGUGGGAUUGUGCUUCGCUCCAAUUACUCAAUUCUCAUUAUUUCACUGGUUAUGUUAAAUUAUUGGCUGAGUUUUGAGAACUGCUAUUUCUUAGGCUAGCUAGUUUUUGUAAGUGCUGAAAUAUUUUGCGUAACAAAAAAAAAAAAAUGCAGAUAAACUACAGUAAAUGAACAAUCUUUUCUUGAGUUUUUAAAAGUGAUUUAUUUUCUAUUUGUCUGACAAGUAAAACCAAGUCUCUAUGUAAGCCAGUAGAUCUUUGUACACAAAAGGUGCUCCUGUUUAUGCUAUUUUUUUUUAAAUUAAUUCAAACUGAUGUCUGGUGACCCAGUGACACAUCAGUAUGUGCUUAUACUGUACACAAGUCUGCAUCUCAGAAUCAGCUGAAUAUUUACUGCAUUGCUAUUAGGAAUAUUUGCGACAUCUUCCACCUUUUACUUGUGACUCUGAAAUGAUUUCCUUUUUUAGCUCAAAGGUGCUUCACUUGUGUAAUAAUUUUACACCCCAACUAAUCUAUAUUGUUGCCUGUUGAGUGACAGUUUAGUCACAUCAGGCACCCAUCAAAAGUAAAGCAUGAGAUGUACUUAAACUUUGAAGCUGCUG